ACGUUCUAUCGCGGAAGUAUUCAAAGCUUUAGUGUUCACGAAUUGUAAAAUCCGUGAAAUUAACACGUUGUAAAAAUUAUAAAAUAGUGCUGAAGAUCGACUCGUUGCGUGUUUUUCGAAACUAUGGAGAGUACCAUGACAGAAUUCGAGGAAAGCGUGUCCUUCGAUAUCGAUGACCCGGACUUUGCCCCGUCGAAUCCUCGUACUAUUGCUCGUAAUGUCCUUCGUAGCGUACAAUUCACCGACAUCACCUUCGACGUCAAUAAACUUGUAACACAUCAAAACAUGUCUGUAACAACGUCCGUUCAGCCAGCUACUGAGAGUCUUUCUCGUCAUGGGAGCAAUAUCUCUCUGUCCUGCCACAGUUCAUGCGGGAGCGUCGACGAUGGCCUCCAAGGAUCUCAUCCUCAGUACCAGGAUACGAUCCUCACUAUUGAGGAACUUCGUGCUCAACUGAACUCUUGCUUCACAUGUGGAGUUUCGUGGAGUGAAGAUCACGUCUCUCUCGACUGCAGCGAAUGCGGCGGCUAUUCCCUUCAACGACCGUGCCCACUUUGUGACGGACGUUGCCGCACCUCAUGGAAACGCGACCUUACUAUGUCCCACACCAGUGGUAAAGCAAGAUGGAUUGGUGAAUGCGGACUGACUUGUGGUCCCUCUAUUGAGGAGCCAUUGGUGCCCGCGUUGGAAAAGCUACGAGCCACCUCGUGAACGGUGUUCAACGACGAAUGUAUAGAGAGAUGUCGUCGUGUACCGUCAACCAUGCACAAGACUUAAUCCAUCACCAUCCAUAUAGCGUCACCCCACCACCAUUGUGCGAGUCGGAAAUGUGUGAAUGUGGAUUUUGGAUGCAUAAAUGAUACAUUAUGUUCCUGAGGAGAGUGAGGACGGAGCGGAUGACAUCUGACAAUGAAACCGUUCUUCUCCCAUGGCUUCCUGUUCGACGAUGCAUUACCAUGAACGGUCGAUUGGCAAAGAAUCUUGUUAUAGCUCAAAUGAAUAUCGCCGUUUCCAUUAUCAUCGUGAAUUAAAGCGCUCCUUCAAUUUAAACAAAAACUAGCGAAGAACCGCCUGGGAUUUUUGCCACUGACGACGACAGCUUCUUGGCAAAUCAUAACGAAGUGUCGUCAAUGCAAUACCAUGUUCGAUGUCCUUGCAUUAUUGUAAAUCUCAAAUCAUAUAUUUCGUUUGAAACAUACGAUAACCGCUGUGGCAAACUCCAAGCACGCAAAUCUAUAAUCCUUUUGAACGCUAUUUUGUGCGAAACGUUGAUUAAAUUGAUAAGAAGAUGAAUGCGCACAUUAGAAGAACUCGACUCGAUAAAAUUGCAUACCUUUUGGAACACCAAUUAGAAUUGCUGUUUCGUAGUAUUCUAAAGGUUAGUAGACACUGAUUAAUUGGGAAACUUUAGUGCAACCUGUUUGAAUUACAUACACAAGUUUUUACAUAUGUUUUGCUGCCAUGAAACAUUGCGGUGUUUUGACAAAAUUAGCGAGAAAAUACUUACGCGACAUGAUACUAAAGCGUGAAUAAGUAGUUUCAAAAUGCGUGAAUUAUAUGUCACCGCACUUUGCGGAUCUGUAAUAGGUACUCUCACGUUUAGCUUAUAAUGAAAAAUUACAUUUUAGAUUUUUUUUUAUUAGCGAACGUCGUAAUUUUGG